CGUUCUCUGUUAACAAUCUCCAAUGGCUGAGAGUACAAAGUCAAAAAAGCUAAGUGUGAGACUUCUCAUAGAUGAACUGAAGAACAAGGUUGUCUUGGCUGAAUCUGGUAAGGAUUUUGUUGAUGUUCUCUUUAGUUUUCUCGCUCUUCCCAUGGGAACUAUUGUUAGAUUGCUUGAGAAACAUCAAAAAUCGCCUCAAGUGGGUAUAGGAUGUUUCAACAAUCUUUACAAAAGUGUUUCAGAGAUGGAUCUUGAGAGUUUUCAGACAGAAGCAUGUAAGCAAGUUCUACUGUAUCCUAGGAGUGUGAAUCUUGAGAAGUUCAGAAAUAUGAAGUUGAAAAUUGAUGACACUAGGGCUGUUAAGUACUUUGUUUGCUCAGGCUUUAAAGAAUCCUGCAGACAUCAUUAUAGCAUUUCGAACACGGAGGAAUGUGAAUGUGGAGAAAUUGUUGACUCGAAGGUUGUCAAAAGAGUGAUGAAUCGGGAGAUUAAGGGACUUGAAGAAGAGCAAGUUCAAGGAAGGAUUUUGAGAAAGGAUAAUGAUGGAGUUUUUUUCAGCUGUAAAGCUUCUUCUUUCAUUAUAACAGAUGAUCUGAAAGUGGAGGCGAGCUCUAUGGAUAAUGUUUUGAAUACUCUCAGAGGCUUAGGCUACGCAGAUACUUCCAAGCUCAGUGAAAUACUUCUUCAUGUCGGUGUCAGUGAGGUAUUUUUUACUGUAUCAUCUUACGUUGGUCUUCGUAGUUUGAAUAUAUAUGUUUUGUUGAGUGUUUGUUUGUGUCAUCAACAGGUACUGACUUUGCUGGAAUGUUUCUUUACUUCGGACCUUCCUUUAACCGACACUUUUCUGAAGAAGCAAAGCUCAUUGCAAAUGAUCAGAUCUCGUAUACCUCUAAGUCCAACUUUGCAAGGAUCUGGAGAUGGAGCAGUACCAGGCCAAACCAUAACUUUUAAAGCAUUUGUUAGAAAACCGAACAUCAAGAUUCUCUGUGUUGAAUGUGGAGCAGACUUCAUUGAUCUUCUUUUCACUUUUCUAGCUUUGCCACUUGAAUCUGUCUGGAACAUCUCUGCAGGGAAUAUCAGUUUAGGUUGUAUUGGAAACUUAUUCAGAAGCUUCAAGAGAAUUGAUGCUUCAUCCUCUUCCAAAACCAAGCUUCCUUCGUUUUAUAGUUGCCCUAAACAGUUACUUGAUGUCGUCACUGAGCAACAAGAGAUCUAUUGCAGUUUCAAGUGUGUCGUUGAAACUAAUAAUGAGUAUGACUUUAAGUUCACUAGAAAGAUGCCUCCUCGUCCGAAUUCUCUGAAGGAAAAGAACCAGAACAUGUUUUUCACCAAUAAAACAUCAGUUUUAUAUUUGACUAGUUUUGGGUUUAUGAAGCAAAACACAAGGUUUUUGGUAACUGAUGAUUUGGUUAUCAAACCGAAGAACUUGGUCUCAAACAUUAGUUUGCUAAAGUUGAACAUGCACUUGGAUAAAGAAGAUGUUGAAGAACAUGUGAUCACCAUUGGGAAACUAGAGGCUAUCAGUUUGUUAAGAGCUUCCCUGAUGACAUCCUCAGCUUUAACUAGUUCUUUCUGGAGCUUAAUCUCGAAGAAGGCCAAAGCAGAGACUCAGUAGUUAUGUUCAUCAAUAUGUUCCAUCUUCUAUUUUAACUUUUAUCAAAAAACACAAUUUGUCGUCAUGCUUAUCUUCUUACUGAAUAAAUUACAUUGAACCUGAGUCAAUUAAUUAUGAUGGACUGCUCCAGAUGGCUAAGGUUAACUUUAUAGUUUUCAAUGAACCAUUGUUAUAGUCUUAUAAACCAAUGGUUUCAAGUAUUUUGUUAAUUAUUAUCUUAAAAUAAAAUUUAUUUUGUCUU